AUGUAUAAGAGUCCAAGCCAGGCCCUCAGGGAGCUGUUGGAGGUUGGAGCCAAGAGGCUAUGUGUCCCUGGGGGCCUGAGGCCCAGCAUUCUCAAUGACAGAGUCUCCCUUGUGGACGUAUUUCUAUGGAGACAUCAGCAUGAGGACCCCCUUCAGAAGUUCAUGAUCCUCUUUGACACGGGUUCCACCAACCUGACCUGCAUUGUCACCAGGGUCCUGGGCUUCCACACGGUGACAUCAGAUAACUGGCGGUGGCCAGGGCAGGGGUUGUCUGUAGGGAACGAGGUCACUGAUUGGUGCUCCCCGGGCUGCGUGGCUGUCAUGGACACAGGCAUCUCCCUCAUCAUUGUCCCUGAGAAGAUUCUAGGUCAGUGCAGUAAUGGUCUCGGGGGGUUCCAGCCCACAUACCUGCUCUCAGAGAGCAGCCAGCCCCUAUGGCUCCCUGACGACAUCUUCCUGAGGGUCUGCUACUCCAUCUGUGAUGUGGGCAACAACAAGGUGGGCCUGGCCAUUGCUAGAUAG